AUGGGCUGCUCUCCAUCUAAAGGGAAGUUAUUUUCAAAGCCAAGUGGAGCUGAAAAGCCAGAUGCUUCACCUGCUGAAGCACAACAGGAUGGUGUUGAUGUGAGACCAGACAAGGACGAGGACAAAUGUUUGAAGACAGAUGAAAAAGAAAAUGAACCUCCACCACCCCAAGAGGGAAACUCUACAAAAGAGACGUCCAAUUCUCCUCUGGCGUCCGUCACAUCAGCCACUCAAAACAUACAGAAGGUCAAAGAAGUCGAGGUGAAUGAGUUGCCACGUAUGAUAGAUGAUGGGCGUGAACAAACAGCUAAGAUUAAAAAAAAUGAGAAAAGGAAAAAGAAUAAAGGCAAGAGAAGGUCUGGCAGGAAGAAGUCCUUCACUAUCCCAGCAAAAGUGGACUUCCCACCACAAAUGGUGAGGGCUCACCAAGCAGCUUAUGCCUUUCUGAACCCAAACAUUGCCAAGUAUGAGACCCUGCUGGGUCUGCUCGACCAGGCUGCCCAGACCCAGCUGUCCCUUCAGCCCAUGAUGUCCGCUCUCGUGUUGCGCUUCGAGGAGAUCAACCAGGCUCUAGAGGAGAUGGCUGAGGAGGGAGAGCAGAUGUUAAAGGAGCAUGGGGACAACAUGGCCUUGCCCUCUGGAAUGCUGGGCCCAGCUUUUAUGCAAGCAAAAUUCAGAAAUACCAUAGCAAGUCCACCUGAGCCACCUCUAGAUCUGUUGCAGCAACUGCUCCAGCAUUCAACAGAAAAAAUGAGGCUCGUAGGGAACUCAGUACAGGCACUUGGUGAUACCACUCUUGAGGAAGCAGUGGAGUACUUUUCAUCUCUAUCAAAACUGCUGUAUGAGAAACUUCAGGCCAAGCAGACUACCGAACAGAGGCUGACUCAAGUGCUGACACUGGUAGAGGGGGCUGCUAUGAGAAAGUUCAACCUCGAGGACACAGCACUGCACAGCGAGGACAGUGGUAUAGGUGGAGAAAAUGAGAGUCUACCUGGCUCUGAGAGACACCGUCACCACAGAGGGAGUGCUGGGUCUGGAAGUUGUGGGUCUGGAAAUAAUGUUCGCUGUGCAACUGACACCCAGCCUGGAAUUUUGCCCAACCUGGAAGACGAUGAAGAAGAUGAAGAUGAUGAUGAGGAUGAUGAUGAAGAAUAUGAGGAUGAUGAAGUGGAUGGGCCUCAUAGGAAGAGGUCAAAUUCUUCCCCACCAGAUCCAUGUCAAGCCCUUCUCUUCUUGCGUGCAAACUACAUGCAAGAUUGGCAGCCCCCUUGCAGACAACCUCUGGCUGUUCUUACUGCCAUCAAAGCUGGAGAUCCUUCAUCAAACAAAUGUGUGAACAUUAUGAUGGAGCUGCAACGGAGCCAGAAGGACCUGGACCAGCAAAUAAUAAAGAUGGCCCAUUUCCGUGCAUCCAAAGAGGCAGGGGGGUCUCAUUGUAACCUUGCUGGCCCAAGAAGGCAUUCAAUAAGUGGAGCAGCAGGUGCGCAAAAAGGCCCUUUCAGAACAAAUCAGUCAACUUGCUUCUUCCCAAGCUUGGCACCUAAACGCCCAUCAGUCAAGAGGUUGAUAAAUACCUUCAGCCAAGGGGUUGAUGGUAGAUCAGGGCAGAGCCUUGCUAACUGUCCCCCUAAUAUCAGAAGGCCCAGGAGGAGUGAGAUCCUUCAGUCAUCUGACACAGGAAAUGGUAAUGAGGGGGGUUCAACAGUCAACGGGCACAGUAACAACACUGGCUGGUCUGAGACCAAGGAUGACCUGGAUGUAGACAACCUACCACCUCCACCCCCAGAGGUCCUGAUGGAUAAUUCCUUCCAGAGUACUGAGGGUACUCCAGGUAAUGGGGCAAAGACGCAGGAAGAUUCAGUGAGAAGUCUCCCAGUGAUAAUUCAAAACACUGGAGUCUCCCAGCGCUUGAAAGCAUCAGUACAGAACGUGGAUGUGCUGCCUAACCGAGCCAGUGUGGGGCCUAUUCGUCCCAUCAGGCAAGAUGCUCUUGGAGGAGCACAAGAUGCAGAACAGCAACCAGAGGCUGAUUUUGAUCCAGAACUUGAGAAAGUGAAUGCUCUGUACCAACAGGCACGCAAGAUCAUCCACCUACGCGAUGCAUCAGAAAGUGCUAACCAGAGGAAUUUGGCAGAACGGAGUGUCAGAGGUCCUUCCCCCCUUCCAGCCAGAAUGGGACAGAAAUAUGACAGCAAUGAAUGUUAUGACAGUGAUACGGUCUCCUCUAACUUACCUGUGACAGCACCACCUGUUUCUAGAGUACGUCUGCCACCAUCCUGUCCCACAGUGUGCCAGAGGUAUCCCACCCCUCCUGCAGCCAGACCUCAGGCAGCCUCCAGGUCCUCAACUCGCCCUUGCUCUCCAAGAUUGGUGACUCGUGCCACAGAUAAAAACACUGAGCAGAUUGUUCCCUCUGUGUCUUUCCGUGAUGCCCGUUCAGUUUUCUGUCUAAAUGAGUCACAAAACACCUCCAACCCCAGAGCAUGGGGGGAGGCCUCUCGAGGCAGGCUGAACACAAGAGGAAUGGACAGCUCCAAUCGUCGAACCCAGUCAGAGCAGAGGCCUGGUUCUGCAUUUUCCAAAGAUGGCAUUUCAGCCUCCAGACGGGCCAGGGAGGAGUGACACCAUUACAGAAAAUUAGUGGUAAGUAACAUCAGAAAGUUGGGGGUCCUAGUAAACCUCUCUGGAUUUUGUCCCUGCAGCUGUAACUUACCAACACUUAUCCCAUUUUACAUUUUGCACAUCAGUAUGGAUGUCAAAAAUUGACUCAUCAGACAUCACUUGAAGUCCAAGACCAUUUUUGACUACACCCUCAUGGCAGCCAUUUUUCACUAAGGCCAUGCCUAAGCGAGAAGCUCAAAUGCUGGUUGAAUGUUGCACAAAUUUUAAAUCUUUCAAAUGUUACCUGUUUUCACUUCACCCUCUUCUGAUUAAUAAGAAACUUCAAAAACAGUGAAUGGUAAAACUCUGCAGAGACUUUAGGCCAUAUUUCAUCUUGAAACACAGAAGCAACCAUUGCUACAGGAAGGCCAAAGUGUCUGUUUGAUGAAAGCUUUUGGGAACAUUCAAUCACAUCUUCCUUACUGAAAGGUUAGUCCCUGGCUAUCAUAUGUGAACUUUUAUCACUAUUUAAUUUGUCAGAUACCCAACUUAACAGGACUUGGAAACCCAAAACAUGGCAAGAUGAGGUUGAAUCGGCAUUUUAUUCACCCCCUCAAUGUAAAAUCACAGAAAGAUGGAUCAAUUUAAUUUGAUCUAUAAGAUACCAUUAGUCAGCUGAGGGACAUAAAUGUUGCCUAUGCCAAAUGCUACAAGGGAGCUGUUAUUAUGCAAACACUGACAUUAUGGUAAUGACAUUAGGUUUGAGUCCUUGUGAUUGGAUGUUGUCGUCAAAGUAAUAGUACCCGGUAUGGUUAUUCUGACCUCUGAUAGCUGUUGAGUUUGACUCAACACAGAUGGUGUCUGACUCAACCAGCUGCCUGUCUGAUGGCCAUUUAGGUAAAUGACAUCAUCUGACCAUCUGUAUUUACUGGACAGAUCAGACACCAUGUGCAUGGGUCUACAAGUAACUGCAAAAUCAACUUUGUAAAAUGGAGCUCAACUUUUGUUGGAAAGCCUUUAUGGCACUGGCUUUUUUUAAACCACAAUUUUUUUAGUUAACAGUCCUCUGAUGUCAGCUGGAAAAACUUUUGAAAAGGAGAGACAGCUUUGCAGUCAAAGUCCCAGUUCAGCAAACAUUGGAUGCACUCAAAUGUAUUUAUUCCUCAAAAAAUACAAAUUUGAGAAUGAGACAUAAGAUGGCAUUCAGAGCGCCAUGUCCGAGUCUUCUGUAAGAUCAAAUAGUUCUAUCAUAACCUAACACAUAGCUGUCUAAGUUUACUGUAAUUUAAAAAGUACUGUAAUACUUUUCAUUGCAACAUAACUCAGUAGUUUUUGUGCUUUGGUAAAAACAGAAACACUUUGGUUGGUUCUAUAAACCAAAAUUACAGUGACCUUUUGUAACAAAUCAAGGUUUUGGGGUAAAACAGAGCAUGCACGUUGAUCCUGGUUUCACACCCGACACGUGCAGAGGUAUCUCGGGUGAAGAAUCAGGUUUCUGGCAGAAAGCCCUAAAGGCUGCUGGGCACAUGAUACGUGCCAACACCAGCUGGUAUGACUACAGUGAUGGACACGAAAAUGCUUUCGGGUUACAGGCUUAACUCAAAACAAAAAUAUGCUGGUGGAAAUUUUCUGAUGACUGAGGAGAAAAAGGAAAAAUUUUGCCCAUGCACUCAAGACUUAACUUGUUCAUUAUUGCAUUUCACAAUGAGAAAUUUUGUUGGAUGUAAACAAAGAAUUACUAAUAGUGUAUUGAUAUUUAUAUUUAUAUCACAUUUAUAUUUAUAUUUACAUUAGGGGCAAUAAUGUCAGUGAAUUCAUAUGAAUGUUUAGUAAAGAUUCUGUUGUAUACUUUAAAUGUGUAAAGGUUUGCAGGCAUUAUACAAGGCAGGGGUAGUGAGGUCGAAUUUAAUUAAUGAACGAGGAAGAAAGCUCAGUGUACGAAAAUGAAGAAAAAAAAUCUGUGAUAGCGGCAAUUUCACAAACUAAGGUGUUCAUUAAAAAAUGGAUCAUAUUUUGCAAUUUGUCAAACAAGAGUAAAAUUUAAUCACAACAAAGUACAUUACAUUUUAACAUGUCACAAUACUGUAGCGUACACAACCACACAUUAUGGUAUUAUAAGAUGCAAUUAAACAGAACGCAUUGUGAUAUGAUAUGAUUUAGCCUGAUACAAUAGACUUUAUAGUCCCUGUUGUGAAGUCGGAGAAGGAUCUUGGAGCAGGAUCUUCCAAGUGACAAAUCAUCAGACUCAAUGUUUGAGGGACAGAUCUGAUGAUUUUAUAAUGAGCAAAAUGUUAUGUUGCAGUUAAUAUCAUAAAAUAAGAUACUAAACAAAAACAUACCAUGAAAUACAAUAUGAUACAGUGCAGGUGUAGUGGUGGCAUCCACUGUCUCUAAAUCAGACUGGCAGUUCAAUCCCUACUCCCACAGUCACACGCUAAAUUGUCCUUAAGCAAGACACAUUACCAUGAGGUAUGAUAUGAUAUGGUACCACACAACAGGGUACAGUUCAGUACAGUACAGUACAGUAUAGUACAGUACAGUACAAAUAUGAUAUGGUAUGGUGCGAUAUGAUGUGCUAUAUAAUGCAAUACCAUCAUGUAGGACACAAUACAGUAUAAUUUCACUCCAUACCAUACAUUAUGAUACCAUGUGAUUUGAUCUGGUACCAUACAACAUCAUAUGAUAUUGGUACUCCAAAAUGCCAAAUUCAGAUCAUUUUGAUUGGAACUAUGGCUGCUAUAUGCUGGUCAAAUCAGAUUUCACAACAUUUGGUUUCAUAAUGUUCUCACCUCUAAGCACCUGGGGAGUACUUACAGGGGAAUCUGUUACCACCCACAGUCAAAGCUUUUUCAAACAGUUUUACCUCUAAUUCAAAGUUACAGCCAUGGUCCCCCACUGUAUUCUGCUGGUUCAUCCCCUGCCUCUACAGAAACCACCUGGUCUAAUCCAGAUUGGAUUAGCCCUCCUAUCCCACCUCUCUACCCUGCUGUUAAGUGAGCUCUUCAGCCUGCUACCCCAUGUAAUCCCCUCACGCACUGAUACUCCUCUUUCUCCGAUAGGUCCAGAGGCCCUCUGAUGACGGGCGACGACAGCCAGUUGGACACAAAUCUACCUGUGACUGCAGCCGAGGGCUCAGCUGCCAUUGGUCGGAGCUCCUAAAGUGAACGCUACGGUGGGAAGGACAUGCUGAAAGGGAUUACGGAUUAGCAGGAUGGGAGUUUUAAUCCCUGUCCUUUUUCUGCUCUUCCCUGAUUGAUGAGGUCUGUUCCAAAUGUGGGUUAAGAUACAAUCAUGUUAUCAACUGAAGAGUAUUUUAAGGUAAUGAAUUUUUUUGACGUCUUCGUUCAUUGUCAGAAUUUUUCUGUAUCACUUUUAGAUGUGAGUACUGAAUCUAUACUAAUUCUUAUUGUUUUAAUCCACAUUUGAUAUAAAAAACACACACUGAGAUAUUCUAAUUUAACAUAAAUAAGCACACCUAAAUCCCCCAAAAUGUUCUUUUAGCUCAGAGUUACAAGAAAAAUUUGGAUUUUGGUGUGCUAGUGUUUGCCAUACCAGUGCAAAAUCAUCAUAAUUAGCAUUUGUGGGUUUUUUUAUGUAACCAAAAAGGAAAUUUAAUGGUUUGUACUAGCUUUUCUUUUUGUGUUACCAUUGUUUUCUACCUCCACCAAUAAAAGGGAG